UGCCUUCAACUUUUAAGUUCCACACGCGAUUUCUCUCCCUCAACAAUUUGUAUUUUAACAACUUGCUGAAAAGAAAAUUCACAAAAUUCACAUUUCUUCAAAUAAAUUAUUAUCAAAAACAAUUUAUUUAUAUAAUUUAACUAUCAAUUAACUAAUAUCCACUCACUAAAAUUAUGGGAAAGAAAGAUAAAAGCUUCAACAUUGGUGAUUUGGUUUUUGCCAAAGUAAAAGGCUAUCCACCAUGGCCGGCCAAAAUAACAAAAACCAACAAUAAAAAGUACAGCGUGUAUUUCUAUGGCACUGGCGAAACAGCCAACAUAAAAAUCGAAGAUCUCUUCAACUACAAGGACAGCAAAAAUAAAUUUGCCACCGACAAGAAUUUGAAACGUGCUCACUUCCGCGAGGCCAUUGCCCAGAUAGAAGCCGCCCUCGAAGGCGAAGACUCGGCGCCAAUUAAUUUAGAAGAAUUUGAUGCGAGUGUCGUGGCUCAAUCCGAUGCCGGGGGCAAUGACACAACAAUCGCUACCGAUUUGGAUGAAACGAAUUUGUUGGACGAUACUGUUGCCGAGGAGGCAGAUGAAGUGUCUUCAGCUGCAACAACAGCUCCACAAGCUGCUGCUGCUGAGGAGACAGUUGAUGAAGUUGCCACCGAGGUGGUGGAAGAACCGCGUGCUGUUGUGGAUGUUAAGCCACCAGUCGAAGAAAUUGUUUCAUCGUCGACGUCUCCAGCAGCGGAGGCGACCGCUGCCGGCGCUAAGGGCGCCAAUGAAACUGAGAUUGUUAGUAGGAGUGGACGGAAGAUCAAACCCAAACGCUAUAUGGACGAGGAGGAGGUCCCACAAAAUCCUUCUAAGCGCAUUAAGGCUGAAACAAAAGACUCGCCACCUAACGAUGCCAAACCAAAAUCAGCGCACAAAAAAGCAAGCAAAACUACACCCAAAUCAGAUAUUCAAAAUAAUUUACUCUUGGCUUACACCACAUCUAAUAAAUGUGUUGGAAUUAAGCUUGAUUUUAUGAAACCCGAAACUUUUGAAGAUGAAGCUGCCAAAAAGCAAUGGGAAGAAAACAUGCGAAAGGAGUGCUACGUUUUGAAAGAGAAAAUCGAACAUGGCAUUGUCAAGGUGGAUUCCAUUAAAGAACGACUCGUUUUAAAUCCAAACCGUUCGCGAAUUCACAAAGAAGAAGCCGAACGUUUCACAAACGAAAUGAUUGACCAAGAAGACGCUCUAUUUACAGAACGAGACUUUAUCAGACUUUCACAAGAGCUACGCGAAAGUCUUGGACUCAAACGAGCCAAUAUCGAUCGGUGCUUAUCACUUUUAGAUCAAUUCAAAGAUCUAGAACUUAAUCAGUUGAUGUUAAAACGCAAUGCAGAUUGUGUAGACACAAUUCGACGACUCCGCAAAUAUGUUGGUAAUCUUAAACAAUGGAAUCUCUCCAGUGAAGAGCAGGAAGAUUUCAACAAAAAAGCCGGAAUAAUUCGUGAAAGAGCUGCCAAAAUCUAUCAGAAUUUCAAAAAAAUGUUUAUUGUCAAAGAGGAUCAGCAUUUUUGGGAGCAAUUUUGUGAAAUGGUCGAUGAAUUUCGACGAGUAACAAAGCACAUUUCGGAAUCAAAUCGAUUUUUGAUUACCGAAAAGUCUUAUCAGAAUAUUCUUUCCGAUAAGGAAGCUAUCAGAAAAGAAGAAGAAGAAAAGAAAUCAAACAACUUGAAGACAAAAAAAGAUAGCCAAGACCAAGGUAUCGAUGGUGAUGUUACGCCAAUGGACGAAUCAAAAGAUGAUGAAGAAAAAAUACCAUCGGGUAUUGCAAUAGAAACCGCAUAAGUUUUUUUUUUUUUUUUGGAGCAAAGCAAAAAAAUAUCUAAAAUUCUGUAAAUUUAAAUGGAAAAUGGAGUUAAAAGAGUAUUCAUCGCGUUGUAUUUUCUGUCUGUUCUUCUAUAACUUUUAAGUAUGACCUAGAUAAAAAGUGGAGUUUGGUCGCGCGCAGCAGCAAUUGACUUUCCAAAAUUUCUUCUCAUUUUUUACACAAAACACACAAAAAUAACGCCAAUAUAAAACACAUACGACGUUUAUUUUUUUUUUAUUAGUAUUGAAUUGUAAGAAUGGUUACAAUAUCAUAAUUUACUUAAUUAAAAUAUAUAUAAACAAAAUUUA